AUGCCGGCACCCAACGGCACAAGCUUCAUCCUCGACUCCGGCGCCCAAGGGCUAGCCAACUACCCUCACGCACGCACCAUCCCCAGCACCUCCAAGACAAUCUUCGUCUCCGGUAUUUCCAGCCGCCGACCGGACGGCACCUACGAAGGCUGCGAGGCCCAAAAAGACGGUACCUACAAACUCGACUGCGGUGCCCAAACAGCCGCCGUCCUACGCAACAUCGAGCGCGUCAUCCGAGGCGCAACCGAGGAUAGGCUAGGGCUCGAAUGCGUGGUGGACGCCACGGUGUUUUUGACAGAUAUCAAGCGCGACUAUGCGGCCAUGAAUGCUGAGUGGAACAAGAUUUGGCCAGACCGGACCACGGCUCCUGCGCGGACUUGCGUGCAGGUUGCGGCGUUGCCAAACGAGAAGUUGGUGGUGGAGAUUAAGUGUCAGGCGGUGGUUUCGGAAUGGGAGAAGAAUCCGUGGGAGGGGACGCUACGGUUAGAUGGGCUUCCGUGA